AUGGGUGUUCAUUCUUUUUGGGACAUUGUCGGUCCAACCGCAAAACCAGUAAGAUUAGAGUCACUAGAAGAUAAGGUAAUGGCGGUGGAUGCUUCUAUUUGGAUAUACCAAUUUUUGAAGGCUGUUAGAGAUAAUGAAGGCAAUUCUGUUAAUAAUGCACAUAUAGUAGGCUUUUUCAGAAGAAUAUGUAAACUUCUUUAUUUUGGUGUAAAACCAGUGUUUGUAUUUGAUGGUGGAGUGCCUGUAUUGAAAAGGGAGACUAUCAGACAAAGAAAAGAAAGACGACAAGGGCAAAGAGAAAAUGCGGUUUUGACUGCAAGGAAACUACUUGCUAUCCAAUUGCAAAAACAGUUACAUGAGGACAAACAUUCCAAAAAUGGAGAUAGUAAUAAGCUAAGCACACUAGAGGAUAACUUUGAUCGAAUGACAAACUUUUCCUCAAUGUCAUUUAAACCUCAUGACGAAUGGGACCUUCCAGAUAUCGCUGGUUUUAAGGUUGAUAAAGAUGACACUAGAAUUCUUUCAACUGAAAAAUAUGACGACAUCUUAAAUUCUAUUGAAGAUGGUUUCGGUGGUGUUGAUUUAGAGACUAUUAACCCUGCUUCCAAAGAAUUCGAAGAACUGCCUGUGGCUACCCAGUACAUGAUUUUGACUAAUCUACGUUUAAAGUCCAGAUUGAGAUUAGGUUAUACAAAAGAGCAGUUAGAAAAUAUUUUCCCAACAAGUAUGCAGUUUUCCAAAUUUCAAAUUGAUAUGGUCAGAAGAAGAAAUUUUUUUACCCAAAAAUUAUUAGCUACUACUGAUGCUCCUGAUGGGGGUGCUUCUAAGUUUAACGAUGAAAAACUAAGAACCAGAAUUGCUGGUCAAUUGAAUAAGGAGUACUCAUUAUCAAAAACAGAUCAAGGCUGGGCCUUGGGUUUACAAGAUGUAGAGGGGCUUCGUUCAGAUAAGCCAUUAGAAUUGAUCUCAGAAGAAGACUUAUAUUCUAACCAAGAUGACUUUUCAAUCAAGAAAGACAAAGAAAUACCCAAGAAAACAAAUACAUUUCCAGGAGACCAUAUGGCAACUAUUGAAGAUGAUGAAGAUGAUUUUGAAUGGGAAGAAGUGGAUACAAAAGUCGUGAAAGAUAAUAAAAUAGAAGAUUUCUCAUUAAAAGCGGCAAAAUUAUCUCAGUUUAAUAAGCCUGCUAAUAAUGUCGGCAGUCGUGCAUUUUUAGAUGCAAAGCAUAAUAUAAAAUUAUCGCCAGUUAAAAAACCUUCUAUUUCCAAGUUACCUAAAGUUUAUCAAAUAUCGUCAGAUAGUGAGGAAGAAUCUUUCAAGUAUAUUGCAGGUAAUAAAGGAUAUAAUGAGAACAGUGAAGAAGAUGAUGAUGAUUUUAACCAACAGAUAAAAGAAAUAGAGAUGAUGGAAACUAUUAAAAAAAAAAUAACGUCACCCGCUUUUAUUACCAAAGCAAACCAAGGACGUGAUAGAGCCACACUAUCGACUAGGGGAACAGCUCUAAAAAAUAAUGAUUUUUUAAAACCCUCGAACUUAAAUCAGAUUGCAAGCACUUCAGUACAGUCUAAUAAAAUAGAGCAGACAGAAUAUAUUUUACCAGAACCUACUACCGAAAGGAAGUUAGAUUAUAUUAUGAGCCGCAUUCCAGGAUUCGAUCAAGUAAAUCCAACUAAUUCGAUGUUUUUUAAUAAUAGUAAAGUAACAAUCAAUGAAAAUAAAGAAAUCAACAAAGAUGAUUCUACUGAGAAAUCUGCAAAGGAGGUAGUGGAAACUCCAGUAUGGUUUCAAGAAAAAUCGGACAUGCCAGUCAAUCCCUACUCGUCUACUGAGUUCGUACAUGAUAAAACAAACCGUAAAGAUACCGCUAAUAAAAAUUCAAAAGGAGAUGGUUAUGUCCUUUAUUCCGGAGUAGCGGCUGACGAAUUUUUAAACGACCAUAUAGUUGAUUCUCAAACUCCAAUUAAAAAUCCUAAUAAUAACGAUGAUGACGAUAUCAUCAUAAUUUCUAGUAAGGAAAAAGGAAAUAACAAUACAGAUAAAGAUAGUGUUACUGUCGAUGCUCAAGAUGAUUUUUCAACUAAAAUCAAUUGUGUUUCAGAGUCCUCUGAAUCAGAUAAUGAAAGCCAAAUUGCAUCUUCUCAUCAGGAUUCAAAUAAAAUUAGUAACAAGAUCCCAGCUGUAUUUGAGUAUGAUUUUUCCGAAGAUGAACAGAACGAUAUAGUAGAAAAUAUAAUAAAAGAAGGGCAAGAAUUUAAUGAAUUCAAAACAAAUUUAAACGAAACAGAUGUAAGUAAAACUUUUAUGGAAGAUGAUUUGUUUGAACAACAAGUAAAGAGUAAAAGAGAUUCUGAUGAAGUAACUCAAGAUAUGAUAAAAUCUGUUCAAGAGUUACUAACCAGAUUUGGAAUACCUUACAUUGUUGCUCCAAUGGAAGCAGAAGCUCAAUGUGCAGAACUCUUGAAACUAAAAUUAGUUGAUGGUAUUAUAACUGAUGAUAGUGAUGUCUUCCUAUUUGGAGGUUCCAAAGUAUAUAAGAAUAUGUUUCAUGAAAAAAAUUACGUUGAAUUUUAUGAUCAGGAUAAACUGACUGUACAGCUUGGUUUAGAAAGAAGUAAUUUGAUCGAUUUAGCGUUACUUUUAGGAAGUGACUAUACCUCUGGCAUAAAAGGAAUAGGUCCAGUAUCAGGAAUUGAAAUUAUUGCGGAGUUUGGAUCAUUGGAAAACUUUAGGGAUUGGUAUAUGGAUGGUCAAUUUGAUAAAAAUAACCAAAAGACCGAAAGUAAAUUUCAAAAGGAUUUAAGAAAAAAGCUUGUAAAGAAUGAAAUUAUAUUAGACUCUAAUUUUCCAAGUGCUGCAGUUCGGAAUGCAUAUUUAUACCCCGAAGUAGAUAGUGAUAAAACAAAUUUUACCUGGGGCGUGCCAGAUCUUGAUAUGCUACGGACUUUUAUGUUAAAAGAGGUUCGUUGGACCCAAGAAAAAUCAGAUGAAGUAUUGAUUCCAUUAAUAAAGGAUAUUAAUAAAAGGAAAAGGAAACCGAAGCAAAAACGGUUAACAGACUUCUUCCCUACCGAAUUAAUCAGCACAGAGAAGAUGUUAAACAUGGGAAAGAGAGUCUUGACAGCUACCAAUAAAUUAAAAAAAGGAAACUUUAAAUAA